AUUGCUAAGGUUUUUGUAAGUAUGUUCUCUAUUCGUUGGAAUUUAAUGAUGCGGAUUUUAUUCGGUGUUAAUGGAUGUAGUAAUUGUGGUUUCAGUACCAGUACAGUGUACCUGGCCGGAAGUUAUUAUGACUCUCUCGGUAUACCAAGAGAUUCAACUCAAAAUGAUAUUAAAGCAGCUUACUAUAGAUUAUCAAAAAUUUAUCAUCCCGAUAAAAAUCAAGGUAGCGAUGAGGCAGCACAAAAAUUUCGUGAAAUAACUCAAGCGUAUGAAGUACUUGGAAACUAUAGGACGCGUAGGUUGUAUGAUAAAGGUAUUUUUCAUACAGGUCCUACUGUUGAAAAACCCGACGACAAGCCAGAUAUUGAGGAUGAUGCAGAAACGAAGUUUUAUAAAUCCCGAUUUAGAAGAUCCACUGUCGAAAAUAUGUCAGGUCGUACACCCAUUUAUAACUUUGACGAGUGGUCACGAGCACAUUAUGGUAAUACUUUUCAAAGAAAACAAAACGCAAAACUACGUUAUGAUCAAAAGCAGCAUAAAACUGCAGUUCACAACACUUGCACACAAUAUGAUACAAUUCUAUUCAGUUUUUUAGUAUUAUUUGCCGGAGGAUUAUACAUGUUUCAUUUUGUUGAAUCUUCGUACGAUACACCUAAACCAAAUAAUAAUAUUAUUAAAGAAAUAAAGGAAAGAAAUGGGAGUACUUCAGAUUAAUUUUAAAUUAAA